GUAUUUGGCGAAAUUACAAGGAUGAGCAUAGGCGUUCAAAUGGCUCGUCACACGAUUUUUAUCGUUGCAGUGUUGCUUUGUUGUAUCUGUUUGACAGUUUCAUCAAAUGGGAAAGUAUCCGUCAUUGAUCUACCUUAUGUUUCGGGAGAAUGGUAUUGGAAACUGCGUUUCUUUUAUCCAGUCAGUAAAAGCGUGGAUGGAAAUGUUGGUGAACUACAGAAUUAUACGUUUAUUCCGAAGACAACCUCAUCUAAUGUACAUACAAACGAAACUAUAAAAUCAGAUAACCAACUAAUUAGUAUUAAUUUGGUUAUGUCCACUGAAGGUUCCAAACUACAGAAAUGUGUUUUGUUGUUAACAGUAGAGCAGGAUGAGGAAUACUUUGCAUGGACAAAUAUGACAUUAAUAUAUCAGUUUGCUGAGCCUUUAUCCACUUUAUCACAAUCUGAAUCACCUAUUUCCGAAGCCAAAAUUAAAUCAACACUUCAGUAUCAACAAGAGUUGGAGAAUAAUGAACAAAAUACUGCAAAAGAUUCAGAAUCUUUUAAUUCAGUUAAUGUAACUGAGUGUAUUGAAUUGAAGGAUGCUAAUUUGAACUUCAAUAAUCAACAAAGUGGAACAAUAAAUUCAAGUUCAAUAAGUUCACAUUUACCACCAUUAAAUAGAAUUACCGUUAUCUCUCAAGAUGAUUUUCAUCAUUUAUGUGCUCUUCUGGAGUUUCGCGGUUAUUUUCUGAUUACAUAUACAAACAAUCGUUCAAAAGAGACAGCUUGUUAUCGAAUUCCUAUCGAUUUGACGGAAAAAUAUUCUUCGAAAGAUGAGAUUUCUUACAUUUCGGAAAAAUCUUUUUUGAUGAAUCAUAACAACACAAACAGCAAUAUAUCGGAUGAUAACAGUAAUAACAAAUCAAAAAUGCCAUAUGUUGAGCCAGAUAAUUUGAUAAUAGUAACAACGAAUUCAUCAUGCUGUGACAAUUUUCUUCGAUGUUUCUCUCUUCCACUCAAUUCUAGUGGAAAUGAGAACAGUUUGAUAAGAGAUUGGACAAUUGAUUUUUACUGGAACCGUACACCAGAAAUGUAUGAGUUUGGUGAAGAAGGUUGGAGUAGUGUUGGUUCACCUGUUGGCGCAUUGUCAGGUGUUUAUGAUCUGGUUGAUGUGAAACUAAAGUAUCGUUUUGAUAAAAAUUCUGGAUUUGACUUUCUAAUAAGUGGCAACGAUACUAAGGAAUUUAUUGUACAUAGCUUAGCUGAAAAGCGUUUACAAGCUAGAGUUGGUGAUUAUUAUGAAUGUGUUUCAGAGACUCAAUUUGUUUUUGAUACAGAAAAUAGUACAGUAGUUAAUUCGAAUGAUAAUUACAUUAAAUCACAUAACGACAAAUGGAAUAUUAUAAUGAGUUUACAAAGUGUACGCUCUCAAGCAUUUGCUGACGUCAAUGUACCAGAAUUUACUGGAGCAAGUGUUGUUUGUGCUGGGGAUAUCUCACAUGAUAUGAGUCUAUCUAUUGCAAUUGGUUUAUCAUUGUGCAGUUUAGUUAUUUGUGUACUAUUCGGUUUAGCAAUUAAUCACUUAAGACAAAAAGAUGAAGUCUUUAAGCCUGUGGAUACAACAGGAGAUAACCAAAAGUCAUGAAAAUAUAACGAUGAUUAUGAACAUUGUUCUCGAAUUGCAAACAUUUAGCAUUAUUAUCACAUUCAUGACUUACAUUACUCAUUUUUAAGUUCACCAUUAUUCAUUAUAUUAGUCACCUAAACCAGAUCAGUAAAAGUUUUGUAACGGAAGACGGGUGAUAGUCUAUGCAUUUUUUUCACAUUUAAUUAUUUCUAUUUUAAUUUUGGAAUAAAUACUACUUAUAAAAUUCCU